AUGACUUCCGCCGUCAAUGUCAUGGGCUGCGGACUCGAUCUGCAACAGCUCAAUGGCGAUUUCGCUUCCUUUCGCAGCGCUAUUCAGCCAACGUGGUAUCCCCCUCGACUUACAGUCCGCGAAGUGGCAAUGCUAGCUGUCAUGGAUGCCCUCACCGACAAGCCCAACUGGCAACUCAAGAUCCAUGAUCCAGAGAUUGUUGCUAGAUGGCGUGUCGAAGCUACGCAGCAGUCCCAUCUCAUAUCGCAGAGAGCAUUCGACUGGUGCAUUCUUGAGCUACGUGAUAAAAGCAACUUCUUCCAACGUACAGGCCUUGUACCUACACUGCAAUCGCACAACACCUGUGUCAAGUCGGAUUCGCUCCUCACGCAGAGCUUUCUCGAUCAACUCAAACAAGCCAUCAAGCCGCUGCUCGAGCAUGAACCUAAAGAUUGGCAUCCGCGAUCCAGAAAUCAAGUUCUCGACCUGGUCCAUCCUUCUCUCUAUCCGCUCAUUUACGGGCGCACGCGCUAUCUCCCGCAAGGUGCUGUUGAUCUUGACACUUGGCACCAGAGCGAUCAAGGCACACCCUUCCCUGAACAACACAGGGAAUCUUCUCCUGUAUAUUUCCCUCAGCCAGUCGAUUUCUACUCGUUCAGGUUUCAAUGGCUCCCAUGUGACGUUGCCUUCCAAGGAGAUACUGGCAGUAACGUCUUGAUUCGCUCUUACAUCAACAAUCUCGAGCCCAGUUGCAAUCGCACCCUGUACGAGCUCAUUCAACGAGCCAUAUCUCUCUCCAUCCAGCCUUGGAAUCACGUCCUCAUUCGUGCAACUGCACCCGAACUGCCUCUUCGUAUCCCAUGCCCUGACGGCGCAAAUUUCGAACCCCAGGUCCCACCAUCUUGGCUCCUAGAUCUCGACAAGGCUAACAUUGCGGAGCCAGAUCUGGAUCCCGAAGUGCGUGCCAAGCUCGCCGAAUGGUUUGCUCAACCCGACGAUCCCGAGAUAGUUGAGGUCCAAGGUCCUUUCGUCCUCAAAAAAGCAUUGAAAGAAAGCAAAAGCUUGGUAUGGUCCGCGCUGGACAAGUUCCUGUAUACCAGACGUAUCCUGCAUCCAGAACCUGGUGAUGAAGCUGCCUAUCUUGACUGGCGUUCUCAAGUCGAUGGCUUCGCGCAACAAGAGUCCGGCGGCAAGCGGCGCUGCAAGAAGCGGCGAGCACUCGAUCCUCAACGCCCAGUUCAUCUCGAAGACGAGUACCGCGAUCGCGGCCUGCAGGUCAUUGUCAAGCUUGCCAGUAUCGAGUUGACCCCCGGAAACCCUUCCUAUGCUGGUGGAAGCUGGCAUGUCGAGGGCAUGAUGAACGAACACAUUGUGGCCACGUCGAUCCUUUACUACGACGUCGAAAACGUUAGCGAGGCUCGCAUUUCUUUCCGACAGAAUGCUCACCUAGAUGAAGUCGACAUGCCGUACGAACAGGAUGAUCAUGCGCCGCUUUGUGUUCUUUUUGGCACACCUUCGCUCAGGGAUGAAAUCAAGCUACAGAAUAUUGGAAGCAUCGCAACACCAAACGGUCGACUUCUCGCUUUCCCCAACACUCUGCAACAUCGAGUCGAGCCGUUUGAGUUGAUCGACAAGACUAGACCUGGUCAUCGCCGCUUCCUCGUGCUUUGGCUCGUCGAUCCGAACUAUCGCCUUGCCAGCACCUCGAUCGUACCUCCACAGCAGCAAGAUUGGUGGUCGACCAAGCUGAGUCAAGACGAGCUGAACACACAAAUUCAGGCGAGAGGUCUGAUGACGCUCAGAAGAGCAAAGACGAUUCGACUCGAGCUGAUGAACGAACGCACGCGGCGAGAGGAGAAGACGGAAAGAGUUACAGAUACGUACAACUUUUGCGAACAUUGA